AUGUCGCCUCGUCCGUUAGGUCGGAGGCUUGACGGGGUUGAGGGUUUGCCCGCUGAUGCUGCUGCUGCUGCUGCUGCCGCUGCGGACGACGCGCAGGGAUUGCAGGCAGGCGUCGACAGGGGGCGCCCCAGCCGCCCCUUCACAAUAAAAGUCUCCGUGUCCGUCCAAAACAAGAAGGCCAACACUGAAGACCAAAUUCCAAUUGGAGCACAAGCGUGGUCAGUCAUCCGCGCAUCCAUCAAUUUCCCGAGUCGCUUCGCGUCACCGGGCCGAUCCUCGCCCACUUCAGGAGGGAGGCAGCAACCUCGCGUGUUUAUUUGGAGGGAUGCGGAAGGAAAGCGGAGCACCUGGAGAAAAGCCAUACAGCUUACCGGAGAGGAGGGUCCGUCGGGAAGUCCAAUCAUUGUGAAGGUCACAGACCGGAAACGAGCGUGUAAUUCCGAAGUGACGCCGCUUGAAUGGAGACUCCCACAACAAACAUGGCGGACGAGCACACAGACGCGCAACACACCAUGGAGCAUUCCACUACUACCGCGUCGGAGAACCCGCACGCAGAGUUCGGCCUGACCGACAGCAUCCAGCGCACGCUGGAGCAGGAGAAGACGUCCGGCAAGCAAAAAGUGGACCUG